UGUGUUUGACGUGAAAGGUGGAAAUACGGCCUGGAACUCUCUAUUAAUCAGAACUGAAAUUAAUUUUAGGCCUUUGUAUAUCUCUGAAGUGGAGAGGUGCCGGCCAAGUUGGUUUAGCUUGCGGCCGGCUCUGACUGCAACAGGUAGGCGCGACGUCACGCCUCCGUCCUCCUGCUGCGGUCCCUCCUCCCAAGCCGCUGCGCUGCGCUCCAGCUGCUGCCGCCGCUGCCUGGCUGCCGGUGCCUGUCUCUUUCCUAUUCCCCAUACUGCAUGAUAUUAAUGUAACAACAUGACAGGCAUCGCCGCUGCCUCCUUCUUCUCCAACGCCUGCAGGUUCGGGGGCUGCGGACUUCACUUCUCCACCUUGGCCGAGCUCAUCGAGCACAUCGAGGACAACCACAUCGGGCAAGAUUCAACCAGUGAACAUUGUAAUCCAGCUCCAGUCUCACUGGGCCACAUGUUCAGAUUAAGAACAUUUUGGACAAAAACCUUUGAAUGCCUAUCGGACAGCCCUGGUGUGACGACCACUCUGAACCCGCUAACAGCUGUGUUUGGUGGACUCCCAGAUGGCCUUAAACUGGAGAAGGACAAACAAACUGUAAUUGCCUUUACUUCACUACUAGCCUUGCUUAACUGGAAGCAUCCGACCCUGCUGCUUUCAAAUACAGAUCCUCGUGUCUUAGAAAAGCAAGAACUGCAACAGCCAACAUAUGUGGCUCUUAGUUAUAUUAACAGGUUUAUGACUGAUGCUGCUCGUCGUGAACAAGAGUCUCUGAAAAAGAAAAUUCAGCCAAAACUGUCAUUAACAUUAUCAAGCAAUGUGGCUCGUGGUAGUGUGUCCACUCCUCCACGCCACAGCAGUGGCAGCCUUACUCCACCUGUUACACCUCCCAUCACACCAUCAUCUUCAUUCCGAAGCAGCACACCAACAGGCAGCGAGUAUGAUGAGGAAGAGGUAGAUUAUGAAGAAUCAGACAGUGAUGAAUCGUGGACCACAGAAAGUGCUAUUAGUUCUGAAUCCAUCAUGGGCUCCAUGUGCAUGAAUGGAGGAGAUGAGAAGCCGUUUGCCUGUCCAGUUCCAGGAUGUAAAAAGAGAUACAAGAAUGUGAAUGGCAUCAAGUACCACGCAAAGAAUGGCCACAGGACACAGAUUCGUGUCCGCAAGCCCUUUAAGUGCCGGUGUGGAAAGAGUUACAAGACUGCUCAGGGUCUGCGACACCAUACCAUUAAUUUCCAUCCUCCGGUGUCUGCUGAGAUUAUCAGGAAGAUGCAGCAAUAAACUCGCUGGUUCCGACUGUGCCAAGAAAUACUUCACCAGCAAUUGCUGAUUUACCCAUCCCCCGUCCCCGAAAAAGACACCAAUUUUACAAGGGAAAUGUGGUUUUGCUUUUUUUUUCAGCCCUUAAAGAAAAACGCACACACACACACACGCACACACACACAAAAUGAGAGAAGAGAAAUACACUACAAGUUUGAAUGCAUGCUUAAGUUUUUAUUUUUUGGAAUGAUGUACCUUUGUAGACUUCAUGGUUUUGUACAUUUUGCACAUGUAGCUCUCAUACUGAUCUUAUUCAAACUUUUCACCUAAGGUGCUAAUAUUAUAGGAAAAUGAAAAGUUAUAUACACCCAGGCGCCAGUGGUGGCUUAUUGAGUCAGCGUUGGGCCUGUACAGACUAGACUGUGCCUGGGGGGCGGUUAGGGGGGUGGUGUUCCUGUUAAAGCUGGGGAACAACCAGCACAUUUUGAACAAACUUUCUUUUGUCCACUGGCAGCCCAUGAACCAGCACUUAAAGGUAGAGUUUUCUAAAGAAACAAAGCCCCCAACUGAAUCUGAAUGUCUGUAAUAUAACAUAGAUAACCAAUUUAUAUAUAAAUAUAUAUACUUUUAAAAAAAAAAAA